ACAAAUUACAAUUGAUUUGCCAUUAAUUGGCAUUAUACUCUCAAUGCCCCUAGAUCUUUUAUGGUUAUCUUAACUCAUUUUCAUAUCUUAACUCUCUAAUUUUUAUAUACAUCCAAGAGUUAAGAAUAAGAGAGUCUUGGUUUUUGACUAAUAUUAGCCUAAGGUUUAUUGUGUGAAGAAACCUUCAGAUUCUAUUAGUACACAACCUCUGACACGUUUUGCUCAUAAUCUCAGUCUUUUAAUAACAAGAUGCAUCUCUUCUUCAGUUUCCACGCCCCAAGAAUAUAUAUAAGAGCCCCUCCACAACACCAAAGAGCAUAACAACAACAACACCAAAACUAAGAAGAGCUCUUGAGAGAAAUGGAUAACUCGAAUGUGCUUGUUAGGGGAAACCGUCAAGUGAAUGAAGAGAAGCCUCCUCCGCGAGUGUGUCCAAGGUGUAGCUCAGACAACACCAAGUUUUGUUUCUACAACAACUAUAGAGUGACUCAACCUCGCUACAACUGCAGGAACUGUCGCCGAUUCUGGACUCAUGGUGGAACUUUAAGGGACGUACCAAUUGGUGGAAGAGCCCGCAAAAUCAAGCGUAUAGAACAGCCGUCUGUUUCUCAGGUGGUUCCUGAUGAGAUCCAGCAGGUUAAUCAUCACCAACCUUUCUCACAUGUUCAAGAAACAACCCAGUUUCUUGAACCAUUUGGUGGUUCUUAUUCCUCCGCUGUUGUUGGGAACCAUUUCAGUCCUUUGCCUGAAACUCAUGGUGAUAUGAUGCUUCCAACUCGAAGUAUUCCACCGAUGGAUCUCUUUGAUGGAUUGUUUCACCAAGGUUAUUACGGUGCUGGACUCAAUAAUUUUGUUGGUAAUCAUUUGAUGAAUCAAUCAAUUGGUGGACAUGUUGAUAACUAUAACAGUUACCGCGUGAACCAAGAGAAUCCAAACAUGCCAAACCAGAGCUUCACCAACACCAUGAUCAUGAACCAUAAUGCCGGCACUAGUGAAAGAAGAGGAUAUCCAGGCAUUGAUCACAUGAACAACAACAACAACAACAAGUCUGUGUUUAGAUCCUCCUAUCAGUUGGGGAAGCAUGGUCCUUGAAUCAUAACCGUUUUACCCGUUUUCUCUUUAUAUUAUGCUGAUAAUGUUUUAGUUUUUCGUUUAUGGUUUCUGUUCGGUCAUCUUGUUUUUCAGCUCUGUUGGGUCUUUUUUUUUUAAUUUAAGUUCUAAAA